AUGCGCACGUUCAGCACCAGCGAGGGUUUUUUUAAUUCUUCUUCCUCCUUGGCCGAGCCUCUGCCCCUGGGGGCAGACGGGGAGCCACAGACAGACGCACAUGUGAAGAAAACAAGGAGACGAGGCGCCCGAGUUCGGCCCAGAGUUAGCCGCCCAAAGGGGGCGAGGCGCCAAAGGUCCCCGUUCCUCGCUGCGCUGCGCACGGUCUACGAAGACUGA